AUGCCGCCGGUUUUGAAACUCAACUUGGCUCAUCGGAAUAAGAAGAUAAAUGAACUAAUAAAUUCAAAUCAAGCAAAGACAACCAAACUGGAUGAAGAGUUAACCAAACUUAAGAAUAAUCUAACGCUGAAAGACAAAGCCAUAGCAGGUCUUGAAGAUGACAAUUAUAGACUAUCACAAGAAGUAGACGACUUGGAGCAAUACACAAGAAGAACCAAUGUUCGCAUCUAUGGAGUUGCUGAAGUCGGUCUCCUCUUGUCACUAUUAGAACUUCAGCUGAAGAAGUUUAGACUUGAUUUGCACCUAUAACGAAGUUUACUUUAUUCAUCUAGAGUAGCACAUUCGUUCUUUAGGCCUCGGCUUGGUUCUGGAUAUAUUGUGCGGUUUACUAAGCAUAAUUCUAAAGUUGCGGUCAUGUCUCGCCGCCGUGGGCUCAAGGAACGUUAA